AUGGCGGAUCCAUUGAGCAUUACUGCUUCGGCACUUGCUGUUAUUACAGCUGCGGUUCAAUCAACGAAAUCACUAUACGAUGCUGUUUCACGCUAUAGGGGUCGUGACAAAACCCUUGGAAGGCUUCAGGACGAGCUCCAAGAUCUUGGCAAAAUUUUGGACGCCUUGAAGGAAGUUCUUGAUACGGAGACGUCAAUGUUGCAGCUCCUGCAUGGGCCGAUUGAUCGAUGUAGCAAAGUUUGCCGUGAGUUCGAACAGUCCAUGGAGUCAUUUUGGCGGAAGUCGAAGACGGGUAUUCGAGAUUGGACCAAGAUGGAAUUCAUGAGAGGAGAUAUCCAUGAAUUUAUAGACACUAUAUCUGGUUAUAAGUCGACAAUUUCCGUCGGUUUAGGAACACUGAAUAUACACAACGCCAAAGUGUCCCAGCAAGUCCUAAAGCAGUACAACGAGAUGAUUCAGGACACGUCCUAUAACCUCGAGGUGCAUCUGCAGCGAAUUGAUGAGAAGUUGGAACGGGUUAAUAACGACAGCAUACGGACGUCUGAUUCAACCAUCGGCUUAGAUGACGAACGAGAAGUUACCAAACAGUGUCUCCGUGUUUGCGAAGAUGCCAGACAAUAUAUCGAAUCUUUAGCAAACCGGAAAUUCUCGCUUCUGCAGAACCGACCACAAGACAGCGCUAAGGACAAUGAACAAGAUUGGUUCGAAGCCGAAUUACUCACACGUCAGGCCCUGAACGAGAAUCACGAUAACUUCUCGGCAAUCAUCAAUCAACUUCGGGAUCGACUAGAGAGCCUCGUCUUGAAAAACAAACCUGAUGAUGAGAAAGAGAGGUCUCGUUUACAAGAAGAUAUCAAUACCUCUAUGCAGUGCUUAGAGGUAUGCAAAGCGGCAAAAGAAGUUUCACGUCAGAAGAUAUAUAGAGUCGGAGAGGUCAUUGCGGACGGUGACAGCGACCAAGUGGUGGUGACUACUUUGGCUGAUCUGUUUGAUGUCAAGAAAGCCGUAUCUAAGGGCAACUCGGCGCAACUGGUUGGUUCAAUGACGGAGGAAGCACUUCACCAUUUGACAGACAAGCGUUAUAGCAGUCGAUUUGGGUCUCUUACGCUAAACUCUGCUGAAGGAUAUAACGCCGGGCUGCCUUCAGCAGCCGAGCCGAAAGGGGCUCGUCCAACGUUUGCUGCUCAAGCAAGUCACGGCGAACCCUCUCCCGAACUGAAAGGAACGCAUGCGAGGCCAUGUUCCAAUGACAGGAGAAAACGGUCAAUACUGGAUGGAUAA